GGAUUUCCGAUCAGAGUAAAAUCACCUUAACAGUGUUUGCAUCACAGCAGCAUCUGGAAGCUAGUGUCAUUUAUAAAACUAUAUAAACAGUUUAAAAUAAAACUUAAAGAUCCAGCAUGCAGUCCGACACUCUGCUGCACAUCGCCAACUUCAGCACGCUGUUCAUGUGCAUGGUGCUAAAGUUCCCGCAGAUCUUCGUGUUAAUGAGAGCCAAGCGUUCAACAGGGAUCAGCCUCAACAGUCUGCUGCUGGAGCUCACUGGGUUCAUAGUUUUUGUAACGUACCAGAUGUACUACGACUACCCACCUCCAACAUACCUGGAAUAUCCCAUCCUCAUUGCUCAAGAUGUCAUCCUUCUGCUCCUGAUUCUUUACUACAACGGCAGCCUGCGGCAGAGCCUGGUGUACGCCUUGCUGUUGGUCGGAGGCUGGAGGCUCCUCACGGUGGAGAGGUGGAUCAUAGAUCUGGCCAUGAGCCUGUGCACGUUCAUCAGUGCAGCCAGUAAGUUGACCCAGCUGCAGUGCAUGUGGAGCUCCAAGGAUGCCGGACAGGUUAGCGCCCUCUCCUGGGGGAUGGCUACCUACACUUGUAUGGCGCGGAUUUACACCACCUCGGUGACGACCGGAGACGGGCAGGUUCUGGUGCGGUUUGUGGCAAUGACUCUGCUCAACUUCUGGGUGCUGCUCACUGUGAUCUAUUACCAGCGAAGAAGCAGCAGCUCAAAGAAAGAUGACUAAGCUAGAGGUUUCUUCUUCAGCACUUACUGGGUCACCACAGGCACAAGAAAUACAGAAACAAUCUAAGGGUAACAGUUACUACCGUUAAAAAGAAAGUACACCCUGUUUCAUUUCUAGUUUUUACUUAUGAGGACUUAAAUGUUCUGAAAUUUGUUCAAGGUACUAAAGUAGUUUAAACACAACCUUGAAUGUAAAACAACAAAUGCAGCUGUUGGUGUCUUUAAUCCUAACAGCUUACUGUAAAAAACCUUAUUUGACUAAAGUUUACCAGCAGGAGGCCACUGAGUUACUCUGAAUUAAUCAGAGAGUCAACAAACAGUAUCAGAAACACAAUGCGUUUAAACAGGCAAGCUUUAAAAAAACAAAACAACUUAGAUAUAAAAUGCUAAUUAAUUUUAUGUUUGAUUUUUCAGUAACUCAUGAAAGUAUUGAACUCCUAGUAGGAAGUUAUUUAUACAAAGAGGUAAGAAAUGGGUCUGUGAUGAGAUGAUUUGACCUGCAGCCAUUUCUACAUCUGAGCUCACUUUUGAAUAAUUUUACAACCUAACCAAUUACAGAUCUUUUUUCUAUUAUUUGUAUAAAGAAUUGAAAGAGGGUGUAUUUUUUUUUUAAUAAUUAUGUUUUACCAAACAUUCUAAUAACAAUGCUUUUCCCAGUAGUUUUUAAUACAUUUCUCCUGAAUCUAUUUUUAUUUUUUAAAAUUCCAUUUUUAAACAUUAGUGAGGAUUUUCUGUAAAAGAAUAUGACAGUUUGCAAAUAUCCAAAAUCUUCCAACUCAGGAUAAUAUAUACUGUGUUUUUAAUAACUUUUGUAUGUGAAUUUCUUUCUAUAACACCUAAAUAAACCAAAACAUUUGACCUUUUUACAUAGUGAUUUCACUGAAAUUCUUUAAAGCAUUUAUUUGUUUGACUUCUUAAAAACAUUUGAAACCAAACGGAACAUCCAUAUCUUUAUUUCUAUAAGUAGUUAAUAUAAUCAUCAUCAUUAUAGCUGUUUGGUAGCAAACAUGCAAUCUGGAUGUAAAGGCCCUUAAAUACAAAGUGGACAAGGCUGUAUAAAUAAUAUAAUGUGCACAGUAUGGCAUGUAAAAUAUAUACUGUAGAUAUUUAUAUGUAUAAAACAUGCUUCUUGGUUACAGGAGAGCAGUUGGUACACAAAACACACACGGUUUGCUCUCCAGGCGCCUGUAUGAGCCACAUUCACACAACGACGUGUAAAAAACUUGGGAGUUCAGUUACUCUUGACACCAAAACAUCGGAACAAACCUUCAGUGGACUAGUGCUGCUCAGGACGAGGUUUGCAUACCUUCAUUGUCACCGCUGCUUUCAAAAAACAACCUGGCAGGGGUGGCGGCGCGUGAGAAACAUGCAAGUUCACUCCAAAGCAGCUGGCAGUAAAAUAAAAGCUUCAGUCAAGUAUAUUUGGUAAUACGA